GUUCAAUCUGACUGGGGGUGCGAGUCCGAUUCGACUCGGACGAGUCGUCAAUCUAUCAGUGCGGGCGAGCCUCAGAAUGCAAAUGGCGGGAGAAGUAUAUUAGAAACGGCUCUGUCGUUUGGAUGUCCGGAACUCAAAGAACAGGGAAAUCGAGGUCUCUCACAAACCCUAGAAAAGAAAACCCUUAAAAAAGCUAGCGUUGCAUUCUCUCUUCCUGGGAAUCGGAGCUUCUCCUUUUCUCUUUCCAGAUCACGCCUACUCGAACCAGGUAUCAUGUCGGACUGUGAUUCUGAUUUUGAAGAAGAUAUGAUGGUCAUCAUGUGUGCAUGCGCUGCUUCGAUAGCAGUGGUUUCCUAUUAUCAUACUUACAUGGAAGAUGAUGAUGAUGAUGGCAGCGAUGAUGGUGACGACAAAGACAACGAUGAUGGUGGCGACAAAGACAAUGAUGAUGAUGACGACGUGGCAAAAGAUGAUGAUGAUGAUGAUGAUGACAAUGAAAACAAUGACAUGGCAAAAGAAACUUCACAGGAUUCAUCUGUACCAGCAGGCACACCUACCCCUGCUUGCAGAAAUAAGCACACACAGCAUUACAACAAGAUGGCUGCAAUCCUUGGUAACAACCAGGGUGUUCGAAGCCAAUCGAGAAUGGGAGACAAAAGCGAAUCAAUAACAGGAGCCAAAAUAAAGAUCAGUGAGUGGACUUCAGGAUUAGACAAUGUAAACAUCAUGGAACCAUACACACCAAAAGCAUAUGAAAAUGUGAUCUGUGAUGCUUGUGGGUCUGAAUUUUCAAGUGUGUGCAUACAAGGGGCAUCUCAAGCAACUCACUCUAGUGGGCAUCAAGAUAUGGGACCAACAUCUGAACAGCUUAAGAAACGGAAUCGAAAUUUUGGGGAUUUGUCUAUGGAGGCAUCUGAUAUAACCAAUGAUGAUCAUAAUGGCAUGGAAAAGGAUGAUGAUGAUUUUGAUAAUGAUGACGACGACGGCAAUCACAUGGCAAAAGAACCUUCAUGCGAAUCAUGUCAACGAGAUGCAGGAAUGCAAUGGGCAUCUCAACAAAGUGGACAUCAAGAUAUGGGACCAUCAACAUCCAAACAGCUUAAGAAACGGAAGCGCAACUUUGAGGAUUCAUUGGCAAAUGUAUUAUCUAGGAUGGCUAAUGCCAUCAGAAAAUUGGUUUCAAUGAAGGAAAAUCGGACCGAGGCAUCCAAAAUGAAGAGGCUGUAUGAAGAGGUGAAGAAGAUCCCUAAUGUCAGCAACCAUUUCAGAGUGAAGGCUUGUGAUUUUUUGUUAUCAAACCAAGCCAAAGCCUUGGUGUUCUUAGUUCUCGAUGAAGAGUUAAGACUCCAAUGGUUGUUGAGGUUUGUUAAUGAAUGAAGGAUGCAGGAUCUUAUGUUUACUUUCGGAUGUUUAUAUUCUGUUCUCCAUAUGUGGUCAGUUCUGUAUUCCUCGAUGUGGAGGGUUUUAAUAUGUGCCAUGUGGAUGUUGUUCGUUUUGGGGACACGGAUGGUGUUAACAUUUUCUAAAUGUAAACUUGUGAAUAUGGUUGGUUUUUUUAUAUGUGACAUGCGGAUGUGGAUGGCUCUUA